AAAAGUAUUUUUAUAAUGAAAUGUUUAAUUUUUUUUUUUUUUUUUGUAACGCUGGCCAACGGACAACAAGUUUGUAUUUCAAAUUGUCGUCGUCAACAUCGGACCAGUGUCACAUCACAUCUGAGUCAUUUUGAGCCAAUGCCAACGAUACACGAAGAGGAUGAUCUUGAUGUAGGCAGUUUUACAAAAAAGGAAAGAAUAGAGAGAAGAAAACAGAACUUUACUGUUAUGCAGCACACCUUAAAAAUUUUUUGA